GGAUCAGGGGAACGUUACUCAAGCUAGAUUUCUAAAACUGAAUCACAUUAAACCCCAGUGGUUUUAGGUCUCCAUAUUCACAAACUUCACACACACACACUCACCGGAAUGGAACAACUCAACGGAGCUCCGGCCACCGGAAAUCACACCAACGGUCACCACCACUACCACCAGCCCGGCGCCACCAAUCACCGCCUUCGAAAACCAGGUCGAAUCAGCAGACCUCAAUUCAACAGCCCUAGGGUUUCGUCGGAGCCCAUAGAUACACAAAAUAAUAACAAUAACAAUAAUCAGCAGAGUGCUUGUACUGAUUUUGAUUUGGCGUAUUUUCAAUCUUACAAUCAUCUCGGCAUUCACGAAGAAAUGAUCAAGGAUCGUGUUCGUACGGAAACCUAUAGGAAUGCAAUUUUGCAGCAUCAGGAUUAUAUCAAAGACAAGGUUGUUGUGGAUGUUGGCUGUGGCACGGGGAUUCUGUCUAUAUUUUGUGCGCAAGCUGGAGCGAGGCGGGUUUAUGCUGUUGAUGCCAGUGACAUUGCGACCCAGGCAAGUGAAGUUGUGAAGGCAAAUAAUCUAUCUGAAAUUGUCAUUGUUUUACAUGGACGCGUGGAGGAUGUUGAAAUAAAUGAAGAAGUUGAUGUAAUAAUUUCUGAGUGGAUGGGUUAUAUGCUUCUGUACGAGAGCAUGCUGGGGAGUGUUAUCACAGCUAGAGACCGCUGGCUGAAGCCUGGAGGUCUUAUACUUCCUUCAAAUGCUUCGUUGUACAUUGCACCUAUCACGCGCCCUGAGAGAUACAGCGACACCAUUGAUUUUUGGCGCAAUGUCUAUGGAAUUGAUAUGUCUCCUAUGCUGCAAUUAGCAAAACAAUGUGCAUUUGAAGAGCCAUCAGUGGAGAUAAUUAAUGGGGAAAAUGUUUUAACAUGGCCACAUGUGGUAAAGUAUGUUGAUUGCUAUACAGUUACUAGUCAAGAGCUGGAAUCUGUUACAACAAAAUUCGAUUUUCAGUCAAUGAUGCGAGCUACAUUUAAUGGGUUUGCUUUCUGGUUCGAUGUGGAAUUUAGUGCCCGAGGGACAUCCACUGCCAAUAGUUCUUCGCUGUUACAAAAUGACAACCACCCUAUUGAAGGUAGUCAACGGAGAAAGCGUGCCAAUCCAAGUGAAGCACUUGUUCUUUCAACUGCACCUGAGGAACCUCCAACACACUGGCGUCAAACGAUAAUAUACUUCUAUGAACCAAUUGAAGUGGAGCAAGAUCAACAUAUUGAAGGCUCUGUAAAAUUGUCGCAGAGCAGAGAAAAUUGCAGAUUUAUGAACAUCCAUCUUGAAUACACAUCAGGUGGUCGAUCCUUUGUGAAGGAGUCAGUAUUAAGAUGAUUAAGCCCAAAUUUUUGCACUACUUUAAUUGACUCUACUUCUCGAAGAUGAAAGGGGCAAAUUACCAUUUGUUUACAUUACAUUUAUAGAAUUUAACGCUGUUAAUCUGUUGAAAUUUUUUCCUGUAGGAUUUUCAUAGUAUGGAGGACUCCUUAGUUCCCGACCAUCAUUGUGUCUUUGUAUAAAAUUACAUACUCCUAUUAGUGCUGUUACUUCCUUGAUGACGGAUAGUUGUACAUAAAUUUGCGUCAUGUUACCUUGUACUUUCUAGCU